UUGUUUUCAGCAUAAUUUUGGUCAUCAAAAAUUGAUUUAAACUAGACUUUCAAUACAAUCCUACUUUUGUUUGACAAUCAAGGAUGGGGAUUAUAAUUAAAUAUCUAAGUAUAACAUGUUCAUCUAAUAAUACAAAUUAAAAAAAUACUAAAAUAAAGUAUGGGCCGAUUGUUUUUCAGUUCAAACCUAAGAUGAGCAUGUUCCUUCUGCUGUGUGCUGUUGUACUUGUAAAUCAAGUGGCAAGUCAACCAACAGUUGAAAUACCCGACUGUUAUAAACUCUGUGACUGCGACAGCCUAUUUUGUAUAUGCGUGUGCCGGACUACGAAACAAGAAAGCUAUGCACAUGUAAAUAUAAGCCAUAUCCUUAGAUGUAUUCCUAACUCUGGAUCUUUAAAAAAACUUCAAAUAUAUAAUUGCAACCUCGGGGCUAUUCCAAAUAAGUCGUUUCAUAAUCUAGCGAACCUAACCCGAUUAUACAUGGAAGAUUGUAACCUAACAAUCAUGGAGCCUUAUGCAUUUCAAGGAAUUAACGCACUAACUGAUCUUUCUGUGAUAGACUUAGAAGAAUACAACACCGGGAUGUAUCUCAGCUAUGAUGUGUUACGAUCCUGUCCAGAAGUCCAGAGACUAGUUCUAGGAAAGGUUUUAAAUGCAGAAGAUAAUUCGUUUGAAGCAUUUCAACAACUGAGAAGGCGUGUUGUACAACACGAUAGUCUACUGAAAUAUCACAACGUUUUUCGACCCCUAAGAAAUCUAGAAGUUCUUGAUUUAAGUUGUAUUGGGUUAACGAAAAUUCCGGAUUUUAUUCUGUCUUACCUGCCUAAAUUAGAGAAACUGUAUCUUUAUUAUAAUCGUAUAUCCGAUUUGUCAUUUGUUGGUGGAACAAGUGACCUCAAGAACCUGACGAUUGAUCUAUCAAAUAACAACAUCACUACAAUAAUGAAAAGACAUAUAACACAGUUCAAAAAUGCAUCCGUGCUCUCACUGAAGCUAAGGGACAAUAAUAUUAGCUACCUUGAACCAAAUCUCUUUCAUGGUAUAAAACAUGUGAAUUCUUUGUCAUUUGAAAGGAACCUUAAUUUUGGGAGUGAAAACUUUUAUACAGUUAUAAAAAGCCUGAAG